AUGUUACCACGUCCCAUUCUUCGUGGUGAAUAUAAUAUUCUUAUUAAAAUGGCAGUGAGGCGCAAACAUGUAAAACUGGCUGAAUUAUUGGCAAAAAAUGUCAUUAAAAAAAGACACCAAAAAUUGGAUCGUUCUUCGAACACCCUACUUCACGAUGCUGUUCGAUCAGGGCAGCUUAAAGUUGUUAGAAUACUUGUAGAAAGAGGUGCUGAUGUAAAUGCAAGUAUCAGACAUGGUUUGACUCCUCUUCACGUUGCAACAGAACAUGGAUAUCUCAAGAUUAUGGAUUUUCUUAUAAGAAAUGGUGCACAUGUGAAUGCAAGAUGUAAAGACGGAUAUACGCCACUAUACUUCACUUGCGAAUCGGCUAAUCUUAAAUGUGCGAGAUUACUACUCAAACAUAAUGCUUCUGUUAUUCCAACAAACGUUAAUGAUACUCAUCCGAUUGAUAUUACGGUUUAUCGUCUUUCUUUAAAAAUGACUCAAUUGUUAUUGAACUAUGGCGCAAAUAUGGCUGUUAAUAAAAGAAUCAGAACAUUAUGGAUUCCAAGAACGGCAUUAUAUGCAGAUGAAAAUUUAACUUUAUUACACCACAUAGUUGAUGUGAUGGCAGAAUCUGCUAUUUUUAAAGAAAGUCGUAUACAUGGAUUCCCAGAGAUUGCCAAUGACACAGAGUAUAUAACAAAACGCAAGCUCGAAUGUAAAGAACUUGCUUACGACUUGAUAGCGGAAAAAUAUUCGAGACAUUUGAUAGGUUUGCCGUUGGCCGACGAUCUAAGUUAUGCAGACCUUACCAAAAUUCCAACUGGGCUUGAAGUUACAAAGGAAGAACAUGAAGAAAGAAUUAAAAAAAUUAAAAACAAUAUUCAAGGAGUCGUGGACGAAAUGAAACGUGAGAAAAUAGGUCUGAGCAACGAAUUUGACAUUACGGGUGUCGAGGUUUAA